CAAACGGGACGGAUCGGUAUAAAUUUUAGUUGUCCCACUCAUGUCCAAUUUGAUAUUGGGACGGAACGGGUUCGGGAUAAAAAAAAUGUGUCCCAAUAUAUCGGUACGAUUACAAAACGGAACCGGGAUUUUUCAGAAUGGUCCAACAGGAACGGAUUUUAUGCCUACCCAUAAUUUCGUCUCGGGGAGAAGCGGAAACAGAGGCGGACCCUCCCGAACAAGAGGCAAUGGAUUUUGCCUUCUUUCUUCCGAUCGGCCGUGGAAUGGGGUCCUCGUCAUCGGAAUCCGCAACGUUGAAGGAAGGGAUUUGAUCGGUAGAACCGAUGGUCUCGUCGACCUCAACCUCGGCGUCGACGGUGGAUCUUUUUCGGAUCGAUCUGCCGUCGGGAUUGUAGAGUUGUUGCCACUUCGGGGAACGACUCAAAAUCCUCCAAAGAUCGAUGGGCACCUUGCCUUGGUUCCCGUCGUCUUGAUACCGGGUCGUGGCAAGCCGGAGAACAUUGGCGUCGUUCGUGCCGCUCCUCCGGGACCGGGAGCAUUCCUCAUAUCCGUUGUAAAAUCUUCAUUGAGACGGUUGGAGAUAGCCGUGGUGAAAUCUCCGGAAGCGGUGAAGGACAUCCGUGAAAUCCUUGUUGAGACGAAGGUCGGAAUCACAGCCGAGCAAUUCAAGGAGGUACUGGCGGCACUUACACCCAAUCGCGAGAUUGUGGUGGAAGAUGUGGCUGGAGGACCCGCAAGCGGGAAGGCUGGACCUGCGGGCUCUCAAGGGAAAAAGAAGAAAGUAAGGCGGUCCCAGAAAAAGAAGGCGACCAAGCCUAAUGGGAAGGCUGUGAUGACAGAUGCGCUCUCCAGACUGGACGAAGAGGACGAGUCAUCCUCCUUCGAGCGGAUGUCUGCUUUUGACCGUUUGGGAGAUCCCAAGUCAAAGAAACCCCGGACCUCUGCGUUCGAACGGUUGCAAGACACUCGGUCGGCCCGAAAAGGUGACUUGAGGGACACGCUCAAGGAGAAAAGAGGGGAGUCCACAGCGACCUCCAAGAUCGGUUGUGAGGAGCGACGGACGAUGGUCGAGGACAAAGGUGCAGCCGAGCUGUGGAGAAUGUACGAGCAAUUGGAAAAGCGGCUGGACGCCCAAAACCCCUACCGCCAGGCGGUCUUCAGUGAGGUAACACCUUUCUCCAGAAGGAUAAUGUCUUGUCCUCUCCCAGACAAUUUCAAGACUCCCCAGAUCAAAGCAUACAAUGGGACGACCGACCCCCAGGAUCACCUUGCUCGCUUCGGGGCAAACGUGGUCAUGUAUGCGUACCCAGAAGAAAUCAAGUGUCGGUGCUUCCUGGCGGCACUGGAAGGGCAGGCUUGUGAGUGGUUCCACAAGUUACCCAAGGAAUCGAUAGAUAAGUGGAGCGACCUGGCCCACAAGUUCUUCGAGCAUUUCGCAUCCAGCCGGAGACAAAAGCUCCCCUUCUCGCACUUGCUCAAUGUGAAGAUUCGGAAGGGAGAGCAGCUCCGGGAAUUCAUUAAUAGGUGGGAGAAGGAGGCUAGGGAUGUCCAAGGGGCGGACGACCAAGCCCUGAUCGCCAUGCUCCAAGCUGCACUCCUCCAAGGGGAUGUGCGCAAGGAACUGCGACGGAAUCCUCUCUCGACCUAUCAGGAGAUGUUUGCCAGAGCGAAGUACCUGACGUUGGAAGAAGAAGAUGAUGAGCCACCAGUCCAGAAGGAGAAGAAAAGCGGGCCACCGGUGGCAGAAGGAAAGAAGAGGAAGGACCACGGUAAGGAGCCGAAUUCCACCGGGGGGCCGCCUCCUCGGUCGGAGCGACCGUCCUCAAGUAACCGGACCUGGAGGAGACCGCCAGCCCCCACAGCAGCGAUCACAGCAGGAGAUGGGCAGGAGGAUGGACGACGGCAUCUAGGAAGAGAUUGUGACGAUUUGGAUGAGGAAGAAAGGCAAGGUCGCCGACACCUAGGGUGUCGGUUCAUCAUGGGAGGAAACACUGGAGGAGAUUCGGUAUCCUCCCAGAAGAAGUGGAAGAACAUGGUGUACCUAGCCGAGGUACAAAGGCCGCCGCUGCCUAAGCGGAAAAAGAAGGAACCUCUGAUCUUUACAGACGAGGAUUAUCCACCAGUCCUCAGCCCACAUAGAGACGCACUGGUGAUAAAGGUGGAGAUCAAUAAUGUGGUCGUCCACCGUACCUUGGUUGAUACUGGCAGCUCGGUCAACAUUAUGUACCGCAACACCUUUAAAGAGUUGGGGUUGUCUCGGAGCGACCUGAAGCCAAUCCAUACGCCCCUGUCGGGGUUCACAGGAGAUACUAUCGAAGCUGAAGGAACUAUCACGGUGAAGGCCGGGGUAGGAGAUGGCACCUACCGACUUUGGAUCGACAUGGAAUUCAUGGUAGUGCAGCUCGACUGUGCACACCAUUUGAUUCUAGGGCGACCAGGGUUGGAAGACCUGGAGUGCGUAAUCUCCCCCGUCCACUUGUGCUUGAAGUUCAACACCCCCACAGGGGUGAGAGUGGCGAGUGGGAACCAAAGUUUGUCUCGAUCAUGUUAUGUCAGGGCGACCAAAAACCAAGCACGGGUCGACGAGAAUGUGAGCACGAUCUGUGCCGCAAUCCAGAAGGAAGAGGGGCGACCUCGAGCUGAGCCGGCGGAAGAAGUUGAAGAAUUUUCUUUGGACCCGAUCAAGCCAGAGCGGAAGGUGAAGGUAGGUAAAACCCUACCGCUUAGAUUAAAGGAGCAGUUAUUGGAGGUCCUCCAGACGUUCAAGGUGUUAUUCGCGUGGGGUCCAGAGGACAUGCCGGGGGUCGACCCAAAAAUCAUCUGCCAUAGAUUGGCAGUAGACCCGACCCACAGGCCGGUCAAGCAGAAGAAACAUUUCCUCUCUUCAGAACGAAGAGAGUUUGUCACCAAGCAUGUGACAACCCUACAAUCCAUUGGGCACAUCCGAGAAGUCCGCUACCCGGAAUGCCCAAAUGCCCCGUCACGGGUCAGUAAGUGGGGGGUGUUCCUGGGAUCUUUUCAGAUAGAGUUUAAGCCACGACCGGCGAUAAAGGGGCAUGCAUUAGCAGAUUUCGUAGUAGAAUGCACUGCGAGAGAGGUAGAGUCCAGUGGAGAAGAACUCGAAGGGAAUUGGUGGACUGUGUACACUGAUAGCUCAUCCGCGACUGAUGCUUCGGGGGGAGGUGUCGUGGCGAUAUCACCGGAAGGGUUCAAGGAAUACUACUCCGUGAGAUUCCGGUUUAAAGUCUCGAACAAUGAGGCUGAGUAUGAGGCACUGCUUUGCGGUUUGAGGUUGGCAGCUUCAUUAAAAGCUGAGCGAAUCCAAGUCCGAUGCGAUUCCAAACUAAUAGUAGGCCAUGUCACCAGAGAGUUUGAGGCCAAGGAUGAGCGGAUGAAGAAGUAUAGAGACACCGCCCUGGAAUUGCUUAAAGCGUUUGGAGCGUACCGGAUAGAGCAGGAAGAAGAACUGCUCGAGCCAAGCAUCAGUCCCGGAAAAGUGCUGAUCAUCACACUCAAAGAGGAGCCGGAUUGGAUUGAUGAGAUUACCAUGUACAUCCUUGAUGGGUCGCUACCUACCGACCCAAUCGCAGCAAAGGUGAUAAAGCAACGUGCACCCAGCUACACGCUGGAGUGCGGUCGGCUGUACAAACGAUCGUACAAUGGUACAUUGUUGAGGUGCUUAAGAGCGGGCGAGGCACAGAAGUUAAUGGAGGAAAUCCAUGAAGGGAUAUGCUCAGCACAUCAGGGAGCCUUCACGAUGUCCAGGAAGGUAACCCUACAAGGAUAUUUUUGGCCGACGAUUAUCAGAGAUUGCGCAGAGUACGUGCGCAAAUGCAAGGUUUGCCAGGAAUUCCAAAGGGUGCCUAGGCGACCGGUGACAAAUUACACCCCGAUCAGCACGGCGAUUCCCUUUGCCCGGUGGGGCAUUGAUCUGGUUGGCAUUUUUCCUCGGGGGACAGGGAACAACACGUACCUGGUGGUCGCGAUCGACUACUUUACCAAGUUGGUCGAGGCCGCCCCCGUGCCGACCAUCACUGAAGAACAGAUGAGGAAGUUCGUGUCCAAGCAAAUCUUGUGCCGAUUUGGGGUGCCCCAGCAGAUCAUCACCGACAAUGGAACCCAAUUCGAGGCCAGAGGGUUCAAUGAGUUUCUACAGAGCUGGGGCAUAAAACACAGCUAUGCAGCGGUCGGGUACCCCCAAACCAAUGGGCAGGUCGAGAACACUAAUCGUACCAUCGUGGACGCAAGGGCUCCAGCAGAGACCUCGUUGCUGAGUUAUAGAGUGGAGACGUUUGACGCCCAGGAGAAUGAAGAAAACUUGAGGGCAGAGCUGCACCUCAUUGGCGAGCGAAGGGAAAGGGAAUACAUACGGGCAGAAAACUACCGCCGGCAGGUCAAGUCAUAUCACGACCAGCGGGUGCGACCAAGGCCGUUCAAGGUGGGCGACUGGGUCCUUCGGAAAAGGGAGGUCAGUCGGCCGACCGAUGGAGGGAAGUUUGCUAAAAGCUUCAAAGGGCCAUAUAUCAUAAAGGAGGUGUUGGCUGAUGGGACAUUUAGAUUGCAGACACCAGCCGGAGGCGACGUUCCGCGAGUAUGGAAUGCCGCCAACCUUAUUAAAUUUUAUCAAUAGAUUGUAUUCCAGCCAUAUUUCUCUCUUGAAGUUUAAUAAAACCAGCAUUCUGGCAUAUCUUGUCUUCAAUUCUCAAAAAAAAAGGGAGCGACCAAAAGAGAUCGCUAAGAUACCCAACAGUGGGUGAAGUGUCGAGCCCUGUCAAGCGACCAAGAUUGAGGGCUGUCAAGUGACGCGACUAACCAGAGGGCGACGCCGUGGCAAGAAAGCCUGAGAAAACGG